UGUUCCGGCGCGAAAGCCGUUACCUGUCGGUCAGUCGCGGAGCGACAGUUUGCGCGUCGGUGCGCGGUUCCUCGGAUUUUCGGUAAACGCGCGCGCGCGCGCGUGUGUGUGCGUUUGAUAAAGAAAAAAAAAGGAGGAAAGAAAAAGUCGAUCGUUAUUCGCGGAUGUACGCGCGCCACCGAUCGACGUCGUCCGGCACCAUCACGUCGCCUAAUUAACGUCGUUAAGAGUGCUUGAUUGCGAGCAGCCUGUUGUCGCGACGUCUUUUUCUUCUUCUGCCGGAAAUGCAGCCGUUUAAAAACCGUCGUGACAAUUUCUGCGCUCGUUAUUACGGAACAGUGGCGGUGAUAAGACUGGAAUUCGAAGAAUUUUGUCAUCGCGGAUGAUAUAACAGUGUAAUGAGAUUUGAUUUUUAAGGAGUCCAGAGGAGAGAUCAUCCAGCAUGGUUCUUACUGUGACGGAGGACACUCCGGCGGAUAUGUUGGCCGGAAGUAUGGAGCUUCUGGUCCAACUGCCUCGUGAUCUUCAUACACAGAGGCUUACAGUGUUAAGAAGUACACCGAUGAUGGAUCUUCUGGUGCAGAUCGCGACGGCUCAUAAAUUAUCAGCUUCAAAUUACACAUUACAAGCGAUCGGUGAACACGGAUUAGUUCUAUCUCAUCAUCCAAACACUCCUAUAGGAGUAUUAGACGUUCUUCAGGUUAAAUUACUUCCCAAACAGAGCACGUGUGUGCCACGUAAAACAAAGCAAGCUAAUCAACCUUUUGAACCGACAUUUAGAUUGCAGGUGCAUCUGCCGAGAAAUCAACUCUAUGUGUCGAGGGUCAGUCCGAAGAUGAACCUUGGAGAAAUUCUAGAUGAAGUGUGUCGCGAAAAGAAUCUGGACAAAAAUAAUUACGAACUUCGUCAUCCAGCCAACCUGGAGGAGACGUUGGAUUUAUCGCUAUCGCUGCAGGACUAUCAUCUUCAGGAAGUGACUCUUUACGCGAAACAGGGCAAGAGUCUGGGUCCGACGUUAAGUACCCAGGACAUAAUGGCCCUGCAGAGGCAGGAGGAGCGACGCCGACAGCAGACCAAGCAAAGCGUGUUCGGCUUCAUGUUCAAGAAGUCCAAGGAGAGCUCGCUCAGCACGGAUAGUCUCGGGGCUCGCAGCGUUUCGCCAGCCAGAAGUGACGAGACAGCGAGAAGCGCCAGUCCUCUUCAGCCGCCAGUUCGACCGCAGAGGAAGAGGAGACCGGCCCCGAAACCACCGACGUUGGCCGCGCCUGAUGCUCAAGAUGCAGCCGGGGACAGCGGCAAGGACAAAACCAUGAUCAAUCACAGUCGCAACAGCAGCGACAGCUCCGGUUACCACGAGGCCUCGGUGCUCAGCGAUCAUCCGGAGUCGGCCGCGAGGCUACCGGAGACCCUGCCGAGGCGGAGCAAGGCCCCGGGUAUGUCCAACGCGUCCAGAAAACUCGCGCAAACCUCGCAGUCCAGCAAAAGUCUCAGCAAUCUAGUGACCACCGGCGGAACCCUCAGUCGAGGGAUCAGCAACACCUCUCUCAGCUCCACCGGUUUUCGAAAGAAGAGGACUGCACCUUCCCCGCCGACAACCAGACCAGUUUCAUUGGCGAUUUCCACACAGGCGUUAGAACGCAUCGUCGAUUCCGAGGCGUCGUCGACGUCCGGCGCGAAUCCCUCGAAACCGUCGUCGGACAUUGGCGCACCGACGAAGAUCAGUUCCGAGAUCGAGUUUCUUCAAGCGAAUUCCGACAUCGGCGUAGGAUCAUCGCAGUCGAUGCUCGAGCUGAAUCGCAAAUCGAAGUCGGAAGUCGCGACGUACAAGUUCGACGGCGGCAUUCAGCAGAAUCGUGUUGCUAAAACGAAUGUCGAGGCACGUGCCGAAACCGAUUCGCUCGACUAUAAGCUUGCUAAAGCGGAUGUGGACGCGAGCGCUCCUGUAGAAGUUGCCCCAAAAGUAGAGCAAGCUAGAGUAGCGACGAAAAGAGUUGGAGAACCUGUACCCCUUCCCACGCCUCGAAAGGUUAACACGUGUAAGAUUAGCGCUUCAGAAUCUCCAAAGGCACCUAAGCGUAAAGUGGUCCCGCCCUUGGUACCGCCAAGAAUCUUGAACACGAAACGCGAUCGUACAAACAGUCUGAAUGAAGAUGAUAUUGCGCACGUUAAGCUAGAAAGGACGCAUUCGAAGUCGAAAAUUGAUUCUGCACCUUCAACCGAAGACCAGAAAGCGAUCCAAGAAGAAGAGACAUCAAAAAUCGAUGAAGAUGACAUGUCUUUAAAAUUAAAUCAAAAUCCAAGUCACCAAAUGAGCAGCAACUUGGAAUUACAGAAUCCUAACUGUACGGAAUCGAUCCUCAUUGAUCCAGAAUCCAAAGCUAAACCUUUGAACGGAGAUGGAUUUAGCAAAGAGGAAAGAUUAGAUGUCGAUAAUUCAGAGAUUCAUGAAUCAUUAAAUUUGAAUAAUGAAGAAAAUGGGCUAUCUUCUGAUUCCAUAGAGUUGGAAAGAAAUGUUUUAGAGAAGAAAUCAUCUUUACUUAUUUCUACGGAAAAGGAGAAUAAUACUUUACACCAAGAUGACAAUAUAAAGUCUGAAAAUAUAGCUUCACGUGAUGAAAGUGAGAAUCAACGUGGUAAAUUGAAUGUAUCGAACGAUGAUUCUCUGAUGAACAAAAGUACGAACAACGAACAACUGAAGCUAUUGGAUGAUCAAUCUUGCGAAGGACCACUUAGAGUGCCGAGGAAAAGACUUUCUUCCUCAAUUAAAAUCGAAGAAGGUAUCGAGACAGCAAAAUAUCUUCAUCCCAAAGACGCAACGUGCGACGCAGAAGUGAAGAGUAAUUUUGAAAAAGAAGAAGAUACAUGUACGAUCAUCUCCACUAUACCAAAGUGCGAUCAUUUUGAUGUCAUUAGGAAAGAUGAUGCUUUAAAAUAUAACAUUGUGGAAAAUGUGCAUGAAUUAUGCCAGAAACAAAUUGAUCAAAGCGAGGAAUCAAACAACGGUGUGAAGACUACUAAAAGGACAAAGGUGAUUCGGAGCCAGUCCAAGUCGGAGGACUUCGAGGUGGAUACCUUGAAGAGGCAGAAGCGACAUCUUACCUCGCCUCAAGAGGACAUCGCGCACGCUUUGAACCUAAAGUUCUCCUCUCGAAACUCGGUAUCUUCCCAAAAAGAGCAGGAGGAAAUUAACGCAGAAUAUCGCGAUGAUCGUGCAAGAGAUGGGGAUGUAAAUAAGAGAGAAUCGUACGAUGGAUUAAUCACAGCUAACCAAGACGUCUUAUCCACACCAACCGAUAUCCUGCUGCAGAAGGUAUCGGACACCUUAUCAAAUGUGCUACCAGCCCCAUCGUCUCUAGAAUCAGAAACGUUGCCCCUGAAGACGAGUCACCCAACCGCAUCCAUCCAAGCAAGCAUCAACUUCAAACAUUCCACAACUAAACCAGAACCCUUCGAGGACGAGGACGAGUCAAACGAGGUCUACAAGUCGUGUCUCGAUCUUUCAGAAGCCACUUUGAGCGCCAGCACGCCAAACAUUACCGCUAAUUCGCAAGAGAACACUUCAGAUUACGUGUCGGCGAUGAACGAGGACUUGGAGUCAAUCAGCGACUGGAAGUAUCAGCUUCCGACUCCGCCAAGUGCCUUUCGCGAUUCGUCUUCGCCUACCCUGGACGACGAUUACGACACGAUUACUCUGGGAUCGGUGAGCGCCUUCAAGGAACCCGAAAUAGUGAACCCAAUUGCGGAGUCGGCGGAACCGGAUGUUACAGAUAGUGGCGAUGCUAAGAAUUUAUUGAACGGUUCUGGGCCGAACUUCGAUCAGGAAACCCAAACAUCGUCCAUUGUUUCUCACAAAACUCCCAAUCCAACUAAUCCGGAUCUGCGGAAGGAAAUUAUCACGGAACUGGAGAGCAAAAUAGAGACCGGUGCUUUGGCGCAAACUGUCAACAAGGAUUUCGAUCGAAGGGUGGACAGUUUAUCCGCACCGAAGGACAACACUUUGUCCAACUUUAUGAUCACCACUUAUACCAAACAGAAUAGCCUGGACAUUUACGAAGAGUUGGAAGAGUCCAACUCGGACAACAGGUUUGUCAAAGUGUUUGCCACCCUGCCGAGGAACAGCGCGGAGAAUUAUGGGAAGAAGGAUGCGACGAAGAAGAAGAAGGCGAAGUCCGAGGAGUGUCCAAAUGUUGAAUGUAAAACGGAACCAAAGAGUGAGUUACCCCACAGAUUGGAGUCUCUCAAUAAUAAUGAAGCUAAUGAAAAGGUUAACAUCCAGCGAUCCAAGAGUUAUAUAUCGAUAUCCAGCAACGCCAAGUAUCAAACGGAAAAGACGCAGCAGAAGAUCGACAAGGAAGUUGAAGAACCGAAGAUUACAGCUGUGAAAAAAUCUACGAGCAUCGCGGACCUGAAUGUCGACGUGUUACAAGGCACCGAGAAGUUCUCGCAAUGGAGAGAUAAUAUAUUGAAGCAACAGAAGGAGCCCAGCAAGGAGAAGCAAUUACAAUCAUUGCAGGUGCUGAAAAGUAUUUUACCGCAGUUGAAAAAUGCUCAACAAGCGGAGGAAAAUAUAUCCAAAGAACGCAGUAGCGCAAUAUUAAAUGAAAAGAAAUACGAACCUGAAUUCACCGAAUCACAAGAUUCAGAACCGGAAUAUAAACCAUCGUCGAAGGAGAAAAAUAUGAAACGCUACGUUUAUACUGGUCCACCUGCGAUCAGUCUGGGCAGUUGGUCGGAGAGACCCAGCAUCAAUGUUCAAAUCAAAACGGACACCGAUUACAAACUAGGAAGAAGUAAUACAAACGACAGCAAAUCCAUCGUCAGUAUUACCGACGCGAGAAACGAGAAGGAUACCGCGAACUAUGCCAGCGACGUCAAUAAGAAUAACAUCGCCAAUCACAAAGACAAAAUCCAUGCUUCGACGAAUAAGAAUAAUCCGGCCGAGCGAGAACUCACGAGGAAGCUAAUCGCGCACACAACAGCUUCCGGUUUCAAGGCGCCGACGUCGAAUCGAGUUAACGUGUUCGAUUCGUCGAAGAGCAAAGAUCGACCCUUCGUGAUGGGAGUCGAGCUGAAGAAGACCUUUGUCGAGACGCCGAAGUACGGCGAGGACGAAAACGACGCCUCGAGAAACGUCAAGGAACUGUCAAAUACAUUCGGCCAGCACAUGAAUUUCAAGCAGAAACCCAAACGCGUUAACAUCAAUAGACACUCGGCGAACUACGAUACGCAACUCGCCGAGGUGGAGGUGAGAAUAGGGAAACCGAAUGUCAGUAAGCAAAAUGGCCACGCCAAGUUCGCGAAGGCAUCCAGUCAAGACGAGCUUUCCUUCAAACGGCAUUCUUGGACGCAGGAUCUUCAGGAGAGUUCGCAAGCGAGGAGGUACACAUCCAUCGUGGGUAUAAAUGAGACGAGUCAAGGCUUCAGGCCGCAAAGCGAGCCAACAUCCCUCAGAUGUAAUUUCAGCAACGCUGUGAAGAUCAAUCCGCCGAUGCCCGUCGUGAAGGGAUUCAAGAUACCUAUUAUCAACCCUAAAAUGAAUAAUAAUCAAAUCAAUCGUAAAGAAUUGUUGACGAGUGAGGGCGUGCCACCUCCUAAGCUUCCAACCAUGCCGGUGAUAACGGGAGUGACGCUGAAAAAUACCAACCCAAGACCCAAAUCGGUUCAGUUGGAUUCUAGGGAUACGCUGUUGGAGUCCAUCAGGAACUUCAGACGUGAAAAGUUAAAAAAUAUUGCAGAGAGAUAUUGAUAUAGCUAAACAUUAUAGAGCAAUUUACAGAGAAGAAUCUGUUUGAAAACAUUCCGAGAUUUGUAAGAGUGUUUUUUUAUUAGAUAUAAAUUUAUAUUAUUUGUUUUCAGAUCAUUAA